CCGUCGGCCAGGUCUCGGUGCAGCUGUUCCGCUUCCAGAUGAUAGAUGGUGUCGAUGGCAGGUCAGGCUUGACACAUGCACGAACAGCCUCGUUAGUGUUCAGCUGUGCCAUUUCCUGUCACCAGAUGUCUCAGCCUUGUUAUAGUUUUGCUUACGAUGAGGCGACCAGUGCUUGCACACUCGAAGCACCAGUCAAAAAUGACCGGGCACCCGUAUCUCUAUUCCAAGGCUACCUCUUUUCCUCAGUUGUAUGUAGCCAGCCAGGCUACAGGCUACACAUUCAACGGGACGUAGCCAUGUGUCUGGGCGUAUCCACUGAUAAACUCAACUAUACCGAUGCUAGCCUCGCCUGUCAAAAGCAAGGUGCUCAUCUGUUGACCUUAAAAACAGAAGCGAAACUGCGCCUGUUUGGAGGCGCCCAGAAACCGGCCAAUCAGCUAUUUUGGAUUGGACUGGACGACAUUCAGCGAGAAGGGAUCUUCCAGUGGCUCGAUGAUAAGACGGUGAUCACACCCGAUUUCCAGAAACAACUUUUUGGUGAAGCUCAGCCUGACGACUGGUCUCCACAAGAAGAUUGCUGUGUGUACGACAAGGACUUUUACAGUGACAGUUACCCGAUCGCCGAUGCCGAAUGUGGCAAUAAGUUUCUCUACUUCUGCGAGUCGCAGCCCACAUUCCUGAGCAUGCAACACUCCACAUGA